CCCCCCCCCCCCCCCCUCACAGUCAAGAUGUUCGCUGCUCGUCAGUCCUUCAACCUUUUCCAGAAGCGUAGCUUCUCCGCUUCUUCCAGCCAGCUUUCCAAGGUUGCCGUCCUCGGUGCCGCUGGUGGUAUUGGCCAGCCUCUCUCCCUCCUCCUCAAGCUCAACCCCCGUGUCACUGAGCUUGCUCUCUACGAUAUCCGCGGUGGACCUGGUGUCGCCGCUGAUCUGAGCCACAUCAACACCAACAGCACCGUCACUGGCUACGAGCCCACUGCCUCUGGCCUCCGUGAUGCCCUCAAGGGCUCCGAGGUCGUCCUCAUCCCUGCCGGUGUUCCCCGCAAGCCCGGCAUGACCCGUGACGACCUGUUCAACACCAACGCCUCCAUCGUCCGCGACCUUGCUAAGGCUGCCGCUGAGGCUUCCCCCGAGGCCAACAUCCUCGUUAUCUCCAACCCCGUCAACUCCACCGUCCCCAUCGUUGCCGAGGUCUUCAAGUCCAAGGGUGUCUACAACCCCAAGCGUCUCUUCGGUGUCACCACCCUUGACGUUGUCCGUGCCUCCCGCUUCAUCUCCCAGGUCAAGAAGACCGACCCCGCUGGCGAGGCCGUCCCCGUUGUCGGUGGUCACUCCGGUGUGACCAUCGUCCCUCUCCUCUCCCAGUCCAACCACCCCGAGAUUGAGGGUACCACCCGCGAUGAGCUCGUCAACCGCAUCCAGUUCGGUGGUGACGAGGUCGUCAAGGCCAAGGACGGUGCCGGUUCCGCCACCCUCUCCAUGGCCAUGGCCGGUGCUCGCUUCGCCGAGUCCCUCCUCCGUGCCUCCCAGGGCGAGAAGGGCAUCGUUGAGCCCACUUUCGUCGACUCUCCUCUCUACAAGGACCAGGGUGUUGACUACUUCGCCUCCCUCGUCGAGCUCGGCCCCAACGGUGUUGAGAAGAUCAACCCCGUCGGCCCCGUCAACGAGUACGAGCAGAAGCUCGUCGAGACCGCCCUCGGUGACCUCAAGAAGAACAUCCAGAAGGGCCGUGACUUCGUUAAGGCUAACCCUUAAAUGAUCUAAUUUCCUCAACUGGAAUGAUAUGAACCAAAAACCUCUUUUCUGCAGCCACGUUCCUCCUUGUAUAACAGUCUAGUCGUUCUUCUUUCUCCCCUGUCACGCUAAAUAUCCUAACCCGCCCUUGGCUUUUAUUCUGGAGGAAUGUUGCUGCAGCAUCAUGGAAGCAUCGGAAUCGGGUUUUCCUUUGUGUGUCCCGAAGCCUCGAGGGGGACUGUGAUGGGGGAAAAUGGACCCUGACGUGUAUUUUCCCGUUCCUCAAUACAGACCAAAAUCUAUGUUAAUGAUACUACCCCUUAUGACAUCG